AUGUGUGCAACAUUUGCGAAAUUUGUCGAAAAAUGGAAUCCCCUGCCAGAAACGUUGCUUUCCUGGUCGAAAUCGAAAAAGAAUUGCGACAAAAUUCAGCCACGACCUAGUGAAAUGACAUGUGAAGAUAUCCAACGAUUCAUUGCCGAUUGUAAUUAUGGUGAGGGAGGACCAGCAGUGUCUAAAGGCGAAGUGCUUCCAACAUCCAAUCGCGAGGUCGUAGAAAACUACUACCAGAGAACCUAUGGUAAUUACCCCAAAGUGCUUGGCAAGUACAUCUAUUACAAUGCAGCGACUGCUUCCGAUUAUGGACAGUUUGGGAACUGGUACUACCCCAACUAUUACCCACCCACAUACCUCGGUUAUUACGACGGCCGGCCGGAAAGUUUAGCUCAAUUGGAGAACGAUUACAAAUUCGCCAAGGGAGGCCAUUAUCCGUACAACAGGGCUGAUAACAUCAUUAACAUUGGUCUACAACAAACAUAUCUGCCAACAUGCCUUCACGAUCUCUUCUAUUGCAUCCGGGCAUCAAAUCCUUCUCCUUAUCAGAAUUACUAUUCCCAACGAGAAGCCUAUCAUCAUAAACGAAGACGACGUCCUACUAGCAGAUAUGAGGAUGAAAUACGAAGAUCAUAG